AUAUUCCAAAAUGGAUGCGUGCGUUAGUGUUGAACGCGAAGUGGAUAAAGUAUUUGCGAAAUUUCACCAGAUCGGUGCUCAUAGUCAGCGAACCCUUGGUGACCUCAUACACCAUGUAGAGGAAAUAAGGAAUGAACUAAAAGAAGUUUCUGCCGAUAGUGAAACCAGUGCCGCCCAGUCGUUAAUUCUCACUCGGUGUUUACAGAAGGUUAAAGACAGCGUUACGUGUAUAGGAACAAACCAUAAAGAUCUGCAUAGCAGUGUUUCCAAAGUUGGUAAAGCCAUCGACAGGAACUUCAUGCCAGACAUCAACGCCCUUGGUCAGGAGUCAAAAUUUGAAACACCAGAGAAGAUCCACUUGAUAAAUGAAGUCGUCUGCGAACAUUUCUUCAGAAAAGGAAUGCUCGAUAUUGCAGAACAGCUCAUACAUGAUGCUGGUUUACAAGUAGAUGGCACAAACAAAGAACCAUUCAUAGAAAUCAAUAAAAUAUUAGAAGCUCUCAAACGAAGGAAUUUACUACCAGCAUUGCAAUGGGCACAACUACAUAGACAGCAAUUGCAAUCACAGAACAGUUCGUUAGAGUUUAAAUUACAUCGACUACAGUUUAUAGAAUUACUGCGGAGUAAUACAGCAAACCAACAGGAGAUAUUACUAUAUGCCAGAAACUUUGCCAUCUUUGCCGACGCGCAUGCCAAAGACAAUGUGGAUACAAAUAUGAGCCAGAAAUGCUUGCAAAAUAGAAGACAAGGUACAUUAGCGAGGAGAAAGUCAACAACACAUGGUGCGUGUCUGCAUCUUAAAGGCAGUGUGACAAUAGAAGAGGAAUUUCCACUUAACACUAAAAUGAGAAAAAGAAAAACUCUCAUACCAGUUAUUUAUCUGGGAAUAGCAUCCUUGUGCCAGGAAGAAGUAGAAAACUGGAAUAGCAAUUGA